AUGCUCUUUUCUCACCCUCCCAUUCGACUCGCCUGGUCAUCAGCUUUCCGAUCGGCCCGCCAACUACCCCUCUCUCGUCCCAGGUUCUUUUCUAUCUCUGUUCCACGCUACGCUGUCGACAUGGAGACUGUGGAUACUACCGAGCGCCUGUCGCGACUGCGACAGCUGAUGAAGGACCACCAAGUGGACGUAUACAUCGUCCCGUCGGAAGAUAGUCACCAGUCCGAAUAUAUCGCUCCCUGUGAUGGUCGUCGAGAAUUCAUUUCGGGCUUUUCUGGAUCCGCGGGCACUGCCAUUGUCUCUCUGACCAAGGCAGCUUUGUCGACUGAUGGACGUUAUUUCAACCAGGCCUCCAAGCAGCUCGACAGCAACUGGGUGCUCCUCAAGCGCGGCGUUGAAGGCGUCCAAACCUGGCAGGAAUGGACCACUGAGCAGGCCGAGGGUGGCAAGGUUGUUGGCGUGGACCCGGCUCUUAUCACAGCAUCCGGAGCUCGUAGCCUCUCAGAGACUCUUCAAAAGAAUGGGUCGUCUCUAAAGGGCAUCCGUCCCAAUCUCGUCGAUCUGGUCUGGGGCAAUGAUCGUCCCUCCCCUCCCAGGGAGAAGGUAACUGUGCAUCCUGAGAAAUUUGCCGGAAAGAGUUUCCAAGACAAGAUCAGCGAACUGCGCAAGGAAUUGGAAAAAAAGAAGACGGCGGGUUUUGUUAUCUCUAUGCUUGAUGAGAUUGCCUGGUUGUUCAACCUGAGAGGAACUGAUAUCCCUUACAACCCCGUAUUCUUCUCCUAUGCAAUCAUCACUCCCACUACUGCGGAGCUGUAUGUCGACGAUGACAAGCUGACGCCGGAAGUCAAAGCGCAUCUGGGCCAAGACGUCGUUGUCAAGCCGUACGAUUCCAUUUACGCCGACGCAGAGGCCUUGAGUGCCGCAAGAAAGCAAGAUGCUGGAGAUGCGGCCCCUAAGUUCCUUCUCUCCAACAAGGCUUCGUGGGCGCUUAGCCUCAGCCUAGGAGGCGAGGAGCAGACGGAGGAAGUUCGCAGCCCAAUUGCCGAUGCUAAGGCCGUGAAGAACGACGUGGAACUGUCAGGCAUGCGAGCUUGCCAUAUUCGGGAUGGUGCUGCCCUGAUCGAGUACUUCGCUUGGCUCGAGAAUGAAUUGGUCAACAAGAAGACUACCCUCGACGAAGUUGAUGCCGCAGACAAACUGGAACAGAUCAGGUCGAAGCAUGAGCUGUUCGCCGGUUUGUCGUUUGACACUAUCUCGUCCACCGGUCCCAAUGGAGCUGUCAUUCACUAUAAGCCUGAGAAGGGUAGCUGCUCCAUCAUUGACCCCAACGCGAUUUAUCUCUGUGACUCUGGAGCUCAGUUUUUGGAUGGAACAACGGAUGUCACUCGGACAUUCCAUUUUGGAAAGCCUACUGAGCUUGAGAAGAAGGCUUUUACCUUGGUUCUGAAGGGUAUGAUCGCGCUCGACUCUGCCGUGUUCCCUAAGGGCACGAGUGGCUUUGCGCUCGAUGUCCUCGCUAGACAGUACCUGUGGCAGGAAGGUCUUGAUUACCUUCAUGGCACCGGUCACGGUAUUGGAUCCUACUUGAAUGUUCAUGAAGGACCCAUGGGCAUCGGAACCCGUGUCCAGUAUACUGAGGUCCCGAUCGCUCCUGGAAACGUCAUCUCGAACGAGCCUGGGUUCUACGAGGAUGGUAAAUUCGGCAUUCGCAUUGAGAACGUUAUCAUGGCACGUGAGGUCCAGACUCCGCACAAAUUCGGUGACCGACCUUGGUUGGGCUUUGAGCAUGUCACCAUGGCUCCGAUAGGACUGAAUUUGAUUGAACCAUCCCUUCUCAGUGAUAGCGAGAUCAAAUGGGUGAACGACUACCAUGCAGAGGUCUGGGAGAAGACUCAUCAUUUCUUCCAGAACGAUGAGCGUACUCGGAGCUGGCUUCAGCGCGAGACUCAGCCGAUCUCCAAGUGA